AUGCCCCACUUGCUCAUCCUCCUCCUCGCCCUCCCGUUCGGCUCGCCUGCCGCCCCGUCGGGCCUGCUUGUAAACCUCCUCCCGUCGCCCGCGCUCGGCGUGCCUGCCCGCCCUCGCUUCUCGUGGAUAGUGCCUCCGUCCGAGUCGGAGCCGGACCACGCGCAAGUGAGCUACCGGCUGCGAGUGUGGGCGGAGAUCACGGGCGGCGUCGUUUGGGACAGCGGUUCUGUUCGCAGCAGCUCGAGCGCAACCAUCGGAUACGGCGGGCACCCUCUCUCGCCAGGCACGGCCUACAGGUGGACCGUCACGACCACCUCACUCGGCCCGGCCGCCGAAAGCGUGCCGAGCGAGAGCGCGCCGUCCGAGGAGGGUGCCUUUGUCACCGCGCUCUUCGACGGCUUCGCGCCGAGCGCCUCGUACGUCUGGAGCCGGAACGGCUCUGGCACGUUUGCCUUCCUGAGGGCUGAGGUGGAGGCGCCUCGGGCGGGCAGCGUGCGGCGCGCGACCGCCUUCGUGUCGGCGCUGACGGACGACUACGUGCUCUGUGGCUUCAAGCUCUACGUCGGCGGCUUCCUCGUCGGCGUCGGCCCCGGCCGCGGCGAGGCGUCGCUCGAAGCAGGGAACGGCGCUUUCCUAGACUCCUCCCAGACAAGCACCUUCAUGGCGCGGCCGUACGUCGCCCUCGACGCGACAGAGGCGAUCGCUUCGGCGGCUGCGCGGGGAGGGCGGGUGGUUGUCGCGCUGCAGGGGCUAGGCAGCGUCGGGGGCAAGGGCCAGGGCAAGGGUCAGGGCGAAGGCGAAGGCCAGGGCGAGGACAAGGGGCGAGGCGUCCUCCUCCAGCUCGAGGUGGCCACUGCUCCACCCUUCUCCGCAGCAUCACCCUUCUCCACUGCUCCACCCUUCUCUGCAGCAUCACCCUUCUCCACUGCUCCACCCUUCUCUGCAGCAUCAGCAGCAUCAGCAGCAGCGGCAGCGGCAGCGGCGGCGGCGGCGGCGGCGGCGGCGGGCUCCGCGGCACCGGGUGCGGCGGUGGGUUGCGGAGGAGGCACUUCUUAUGUCAAGGCGCUCGAGGACACCGACGCACGACGCGAGCCAGUGGGAUGGAGAGACGACGACGCCUUUGCACCGGGCGAGGGGUGGGCGGCGGCGGUGCCUGUCUUGCCCGCCCGGAAGGCGGCGGGCUUGCACGCGGCGAUGGCGCGGCCCGUCAUGGUGACGCCAGCCUCGCAGCUGCUCGUGCCGUCGAUCACGCGCCUCAACGCGACUUGGUUCGCAGACACCGCCACCAAGUGCUCCGCCGCAGAUUCGCACGUCGCGCGACCACGGUGCUGCCCCGGUGCUCCCCCGCAGUUCCGCUACGUCAACGUCGUCUUCGCCGACUCGCUGGCCGCAAGGGCCGGCUGGGCGCUGCGUGCGUGGCGGGUCGAGUACCCUUGGGAGGAGGGGCACGCCCGCUUCGACUCGAGCGACGCCACCCUCAACGCGGUCUGGGAGCUGUCGCGGCGCGAGCGGAGGCCGUAUGAGGCGGACGGGCUGGUGGCGGCGACCGCGCGAGGGUGGGUGCAGCGAGACUUUGCGUGGGCGCGCCACUCUCACUCGUACGUCUUCGCCUUCCCGACGUGGCCGAUGACGGCGCUUCUCGCGUACGCGGACUACUGGGCCACGGGCGAGGCGGACCUCGCCGCCGCGUACAUGCCUCUGCUGGUGCACAACCUGCGGCUGCAGGACAGGGACGGGACGGGCGCGUGGAUGCUCUGGCUCGGCCUGCUGCCCGCCGCGUCGGUGCCGGCCGCAUGGAGCCAGUUGGCGGGGUGGGGCCUCGAGGGGUUCGGAGACUACGGCGCCUUUGUCUUUCUGGGCGCGCUCGCGGCCUUCGACGGCGACGACGGCUCCGCGCUGCUGCGCGCGCUGACGAAGUGCGACGCGCAGGGCUGGCGCCGAGACUAG